AGAAUCCGCGUAUUUUGAGACUGGUGUUGCUAACUGUGCUACUGAAUGUACAAAUGUUUACAGAUUUUACUCACAAGAUCGACUAAAACAGCAACAGCAGAAUGCGCAGGUCUGCCGCCCCAAGUCAGCUCCACCAUGGCAGUGUUGCAAAGAAGUCCCGAUUUGUACCUCCUACCCCAGUCUUUUCAAAUGCAGUCCCUAUCUCCAACCCAGAACCAUCUCUCACAUUUAAUGUUGUGGAAACAUCAAGCACAGGAUCAAGUCCAGCAUCAUCAUCACCAAAACUGGGAUUGGGCAAUGUCCUUAACAAGGUACAGAAGAGCUUGUCUGAGAAAAGUGUUGAGACUCCAGUUGUCUCGAAGGUUCCAGCAGUGGGUAAAGCUUUAGCAAAGGUUUUGAGUGCUGUUGCCCAAGAAGAGAGUAAAGAAAACGGAGGCCCUGAUCCUCGGAGCUUCCCCUUGGAAUCAGAGGAACUUCCAGAAUCGCCCAGUUCAAAAGCUGCAGAUCCGUUCACUCAGAAUACUACCACACCAACUGCGCGGUAUUACAGUGUAAUGUGGUGCAAGGCAUCAAACAGGAAGCAUAAGCGCUGGGAAGGCGAUGCCAUACUUGUGGCCAGAGGUCGUAGCGUUGUCCUCAAAGACAUGGAGGGACGAGAUAUUGGUCGAGGGUCGGGCUACAAAGCGUCUGAGCUGGAGAGCCUGUGUGAAGGCCAGACUCUAAUGGUGGGAGGAAAGCAGAUCGAGGUCAUGGGAACCAUCUCAAAUGAAGACUAUGUUAAAGGGUGCUGUUUUCAGGACAACUUUGUGGAGACACCAGUUGUUAAAGCACCUGUGAAACAUCAGUUGGCCAAACCCUUUGUCAGACCAGCACGGGCUACUGACACGUCUGUUAAAGGCCCUGAUUCAGAGGGGACUGUCUACAAGCCCAGACAUGACCCUAACAGCCCAGGAGCCCUUGUGAUGCCCCGACCCUUAGCCAGUCACCAGUGGGUUUGCAAUAAAACUGGGCUCCCAUUAGUGGAUGUGGUUGUGGACCCUUACUUGACAAAUCAUCUGCGGCCACAUCAGAGAGAAGGAGUGGUCUUUCUGUAUGAAUGCCUCGUGGGAAUGAGGUCGUCUGGCCGCUGUGGUGCAAUAUUAGCAGAUGAGAUGGGUUUGGGAAAGACACUGCAGUGUAUAUGUGUGCUGUGGACACUGCUGAGGCAGGGCCCGUACGGUGGCCGGCCAGUACUGAAGAGAGGACUGGUGGUAUGUCCUGGCAGUUUGGUCAAAAAUUGGGCGGCAGAGUUCAACAAAUGGCUUGGCAAAGAAAGGAUUAGUGUGUACACAGUCGACCAGGACCAUCGCGUGGAGAACUUUGUAUGCUCUCCUCUUUGUCCUGUCAUGGUGAUCAGUUACGAGAUGCUGCUGCGCUCUGUAGAUGCCUUGAAGAAGUUGGAAUUCGGUGUGGUCAUCUGUGACGAGGGCCAUCGGCUCAAAAACAGCAGUAUUAAGACUGCCAGUGCUCUUAACAACCUGGCAUGUGAACGCCGAGUAAUCCUUACAGGCACUCCUGUCCAGAACGAUCUUCAAGAGUUCUACUCCAUUAUUGAGUUUGUAAAUCCAGGCAUUUUGGGAACUUCAGCUGCUUACAGGAAGAUUUAUGAAGAACCAAUCCUCAGAUCUCGCCAGCCCGCCUGCACCGAGGAGGAGAGGUGCUUAGGUGAGGAGAGAGCAGCAGAACUUGCUCGUCUAACUGGAACUUUUACUCUCCGACGAACUCAAGACAUCAUUAACCGUUUCCUACCGGAACGGCUGGAGUGGACAGUGUUCUGCAGGCCAACCGAUCUUCAGGUGCAGCUGUACAACAAGCUGCUUUCCAGCCGAGUCGUCAGGGACUGUUUUACUGCUACCAGGACUCGUACCUUCACACACAGCCCUCAUCUCGCCUGCAUCAAUGCUCUUAAGAAGCUGUGUAACCACCCUGGCCUCCUCUACAACACGAUAAAGGAAAAAACUGAGUUCUAUGAGGGCUUCUCUCUAGAGCUGUUUCCUGAGACCUAUGCAUCUAAUAGCUUUAGUACAGCAGACUCUGGGAAAUUACUGGUGCUGGCAGACCUCCUGGAUGCUAUAAAGCGUGUAAACCACACAGACAGGGUUGUGUUGGUGUCUAAUUACACCCAGACUCUGGACCUGCUGCAGGACCUCUGGGCUCACCUCGGCUACACCUGGUGCCGUCUCGAUGGACAGACACCUGUUUCCCAGAGACAGCGGCUUGUAGAAUCUUUUAACAGUCCGCACUCCUCCCACUUCUUAUUUCUGCUCAGCUCCAAGGCUGGAGGGGUAGGGCUUAACCUCAUUGGUGCAUCUCAUCUGAUUCUUUAUGAUAUAGACUGGAACCCAGCUAAUGACAUUCAGGCCAUGGCCCGAGUGUGGAGAGACGGGCAGAAGAAAACAGUCCACAUCUACAGAUUUCUGACUACAGGUACUAUAGAGGAAAAGAUCUACCAGCGACAGGUGAGCAAGCAAGGCCUUUCUGGAACAGUGGUGGAUCUUGGGAAAAAGGCUGAGCACAUUAAUUUCUCAACUGAGGAGCUACGAGAUCUUUUCACCUUUGAGCCAAAUACUGAGUGUCUCACUCAUGAACUGCUGGACUGCUGGUGCUCAGGCGACGGAAGAACAUCAGGCAUGGUUGAGGAAGUGAACGUCGCUACAGGAAGGGCGUGUCAGCUGGGUCGUCAUGCCGAUACUGCCAAUGUUUCACAGCGGGUCAGCAUGUCUGAGCUCAUGCAGUGGAAGCAUUUUUCUGGAACCAUCCAAUCAUAUAGUGAUGUUUAUUUAGAUCAUGCUUAUAGACACAUUACAUAUGCUUUUCAGAGCGCUACUUCCAAAACUCUCAACACAACAUAAUCCAGCACACAAAAACGAAAAGAAAAGAAAAAGGACCUUAGGUUUGAUGCAUGUAAAUGAUAUGAUGUAUUUGUGUGAUUGAAUGUUAAUGUUAUGAAAAAAUGUAUGUUGUAAAUGCACUCUUUUUAAUAAACGUGUCUUUAAAA